AUGCUGUGUGCCUUCAACGGGACGACCUUGAGCACAGUGCUGCCUCCACUGCUCAUCUCAGAGUUUGUCCUGGGAUCUCUGGGGAACGGCCUGGCCCUCUGGAUCUUUUGCUUUUAUCUGAAGCCCUGGAAGAGCAGCACUGUGCUCCUCUUCAACCUGGCCAUGGCAGAUUUCCUGCUCAUCCUGGUGCUUCCUUUUCGGGCCAGUUACUACCUGUCCCAGAUGGAGUGGCGCUUCGGGACCUCCUUCUGUAACGUGUGUCUCUUCAUGCUGGCCAUGAACCGCAGCGGUAGCACCUUGUUCCUCAUGGCCAUCGCUCUGGACAGGUACAUGCGUGUGGUGCACCCCCAUCACCCCGUCAACUUCUUAAGCCUGUCCAAAGCCAUGUGUGGUGCAGGCGUGCUGUGGCUGCUGGCCAUCUCCAUGGCUGUUCACAUCUUUACCUUAAAACACAGCAACACCACGUACUGUCAGAGCUUGAGUCUGCCUGAGACAGAGCUCCCAGGGAUUUUGACCUGGCAAAAAGUAGCCUUUUUGUUUUCCUUCUACAUGCCGUUCCUUGUGAUCGUCUUCUGCACUGUGAGCAUCACCUCACACUUGAGGGGCAGGCAGAUCGCUCAGCAGGUUAAGACUAAAAAGGCCCUCCACUUUCUCAUAGUAGUGGUGGUCCUCUUUGUAGUCUGCUUCCUCCCCAGUAACAUCGCUCAGGUCAUCAUGUGGUACAGGAUAAACCAGGCGGUCCUCACACUGUCACAGAACCAAGUGUGUGUGGUGGUGGAGGACCUGACCACAGUCUUCACCUUCACCAUCAGCCUGACCUACCUGAACAGUGUACUGGAUCCUCUGGUCUACUACUUCUCCAGCCCAGCCAUCAAGAACAUCUGCAGGAGAGCUCUGCAUCUGCCCUAGACCAUGGAGACUGUGGAAAGCGCUGAGAAGAAGACCAGAGACACAGACUCUCAGUCACUCAGCCUGCUGGGCACUCAGAACAAAAACAAGACCAGAGUGCUGGAACCUACCUGGGACUCCUGACCCACUCUGAAGU